AUGGAUAAGUCAACACAAACAAAAUUAGAUCUGAAUAUGUAUGGUCAAGUUUGGUCUUCUACUGACUUAAAUCCUGAUCGUCUUACUUCAGAACUUAAUAAAAUGUUCACGUAUAAUCAGGCUGAAACGAAUUAUCGUAAUACAAGUGAUAAAUACUAUGACUUUCAUGAACAAUAUGCCAAAUCAUUGGGGACUUCAGCAGGUUACAAAAACUCAGCUAGCAUCUUUGAACUUGCAUCGAUAGGUAUGGAAGUAUCUGCAUCACUUAAUAAGACUGAAUCGAAUGCUACCGAAAAAACAACGCAUGAUGUUACCUCUUUGACAAACAUAAAAAAAUAUCUUGAUCAGAAGUCGAUAGAAGCUGAAUGGAAAGGCGAAAAGAUUAUACCAAAAUCAUUUCAAGUUUAUAAACUGACAGAUAUUACUGACAAUCUGCAAGUUGCUCUAAUGGUAAUAGAAUUGACAGCUGAGAAAACGAACCAUGCAAUGAUACGAACACUUAGCACAUUAAAUCUACCUCCGACAUUUGGUGCGGUGGCACCAACAAGUGUCACUCAAUCAUCCACAUGUAUGACAGGUGAAAUUCGACUAUAUUCAGCUAACAUCGAUCCGCCUUUUCCUUGGCUUUUCUGUAACGGAACUGCAAUUUCACGUAUUGCAUAUCAAAGACUCUUUUCUGUAAUUGGUGAAUCAUUCGGAGCUGGAGAUGGAAAAACAACAUUCAAUGUACCUGAUUUUCGUGAUCGUUUCCCGCUAGGUCUCAAUCAAAUCGAAAGUCGGGUACACGCUUGGAAAAAAGGAGGAGAUAAAGAACAAACACUCACAAUCGAUCAAAUUCCUGCUCAUUACCAUAGUGCUGGUUCAUUAAACACUAACAAUGCAGGCACGCAUAAACACACGAUCAAUGACCCAGGCCAUAAUCAUGGGGGUAAAACAGGUCUCAGUCGAGGCAGUUAUGGUGGACACGAAUGGAAAAAUACUAGAUCUGGCACCUUCGAUAGUCGGAAUAACCAUUCACACGCUAUUCCAUUUGGUAAAACUGGAAUAUGGCUUUCGGAUGAUGGCAAACACACUCAUUCAAUUGAAGGGAAAACAGAUUCGGUUGGUGGUGGAAAAUCCCUCAGCAUUAUGCCACCGUAUCAGACAAUUGCUUACAUCAUUUUCACUGGAGCAACUUGUGCUUGA